GAAUCAUCGCUUUUCUCUACCAGUAGUUGCUAAGAACCCUGGGGAGGCUGUGGACUGUGAUCAGCUGGGUCAGGCGCCAUGGCUUCUGAUAAGGACGAUAUAAAUGUGCGUCUCAUUGAAUACUACGGACCGAGGCUGCGACGGCUGGUUGUUGUUGAUCAGGUUUUGGAUCAUUAUUUAGAACUUGAACCCGAUGUAAAGGAGCAGAUCCGACAGAAGCAUGCGGCUGUUGGUAACUCAGCUGCUGUGGAUCUCCUUAUUUCCGCAGUCAUAAAGAAGCCACACAAACCUGGCUGGUUCAGGACUUUUGUUGACGCGCUGACACAUGCAGGUUGUGUAUUUGCAGCCGAUUACAUUCAGGUCAAAGCCCCGGAGCCUGAAGUGGAGGCAGAGAAUGAUUAUUGUGUCAAUCUCAUCCAGCUACUCUCUCCCAAGCUGAUGGACAUGAACACUGACGUUGUGUGUGAUCACUGUUUUUCCGAAGGCCUCAUCACACAGGCGGACUCAGAGUUAAUUAAAACCACAACAGCAAAUAAAGGACCUCUGGGUGGAGCCCGUGAACUUCUAUCGUCUAUCGUCAGAGGUCGACCAGGAUGGUUUUCUACAUUUCUUAAAGUUCUGCGUGAAACUGAACACGCUCACCUGCUGAGUGAGCUGACUGGAGAGUCAUCUGACUGUUGCAUGAAAGGUGAGAAACAGUGUUCCCUGGCAGAUGAAGAGAUGGAAACUGAUGCUCCAGCAGCAGCAGGAAGCUGUAACAGCCCAGAGUACACGGUCAUCAGCUCUACUGAGGAGCAUCCGCAGGAAGCAGACUUGUAUGGAGCAGCAAGCAGUGGAACCAAACAAAUGCCAGAGAGCAUGGAGAUCUCACAGCCAGAACCAGAAGCAGCAGCUGGAGGCCCAGAAAAAGAUAAAAUUGUUCUCCGAGAUUAUCAAGAGGAGGUCGCUAAACCUGCCCUGGAGGGGAAAAACAUCAUCAUAUGCCUCCCAACAGGAAGUGGUAAAACCAGAGUUGCAGUUUAUAUUACCAAAAAACAUCUGGACCACAGGAGGGCAGAGAGGCGUUCAGGGAAAGUGGUUGUCCUGGUGAACAAGGUUCCUCUUGUUGAGCAGCAUUAUUCCGAAGAGUUCUGUCGUUUCUUGAAGCCGGCGUAUAAAGUGGAGAGAGUCAGCGGAGACUGCCAGCUCAAAAUCUCUUUCACAGAGAUUGUGAAGAACAACGACGUCAUCGUUUGCACAGCGCAGAUCCUUGAGAAUUUCUUGGAGAGGUCCAACACAGGAGAGGAUGAAGGGGUGAACUUGAGCGAUCUCACACUGAUCGUGAUAGAUGAGUGUCACCAUACUCAAAAAGGAGGCGUCUACAACCACAUAAUGAUGCGCUACCUGAAGCAGAAGCACAAAAACCGAUUGCUGAAGAAGGAGCAGAAGGAGCCCGUGCCCCUCCCUCAGAUCCUGGGCCUGACUGCCUCACCAGGGGUCGGGGGAGCCACAAAAAUGGCGAAAGCUGAGGAUCACAUACUGCGUAUUUGUGCAAACUUGGAUGCCUACAAAAUCAUGACCGGAGACCUUGGGCAACACAAAAAGGAACCAAGAAAAAACUGUAAAACUAUUGAAGACAGAAAAGAGGAUCCCUUUGGGGAUGUAAUCAAGAACAUCAUGAAUGCAAUUCAUACCCAUGCUGAGUUGAACCCCACCUCUGACCUUGGCUCUCAGACUUAUGAACAGUGGGUUGUUCAAAAAGAGCGCCUAGCUGCGACGGAGGAAAAUCAGAAAGUGCGGGUCUGUGCAGAGCACCUUCGGCAGUACAGCGAGGGCCUGAAUCUCAGCAACACCAUUCGCAUGCGUGAUGCCUUCAAUUUCCUGAACAAAUACAACGAGGAGGAGAUAAAGAAGAAAAGGACACCAGAUGAGGAGGAGCAGAAAAUAAAAAUCACAGACACAGAGAGAUUCCUCUUCAAUUUGUUUAAUGAGAAAAAGGAAGAGCUGAAGAGGCUUACAGAGCAUCCCGAGUAUGAAAACAAAAGCCUGUCACAGCUGAGAAGUAUAGUUCUGCAGGAGUUCACCAGCAGGGAUAAGGCCAGAGGGAUCAUUUUCACCAAAACGCGUCGCAGUGCCAUUGCUCUAAGUCAGUGGAUUCAGGAAAACUCCAAGUUUGAUGACGUUGGAGUGAAAGCAGCGUACGUGAUCGGAGGAGGAGACCAGAGCAAUGUUAAACCGAUGACCACUGCGGAGCAAAGGGACGUGCUGACCAAAUUCCGCGAUGGUGAAGUCAACCUGCUGAUUGCUACCACCGUGGCAGAGGAGGGCUUGGACAUAGCAGCCUGCAAUUUAGUUAUCCGAUACGGACUCGUGACUAAUGAAAUUGCUAUGAUUCAGGCUCGAGGCAGAGGAAGAGCGGAGGACAGCAGUUACACUCUGGUGGAGGUGAAGAAUUCGGGCGUGUUUGAGAAGGAAAGUGUCAACGAGUACCGCAUCACCAUGAUGGACAAAGCCAUAGAGAAAAUCAGAGCCUUAGAUCGAGGGGAAUACGAGAAACGAAUCACUGACUUUCAGCUUCAGGCUAUAAUGGAGAACAGGGUGAGAAUGACAAAAAAGAAGCAGAAAAGCAUGCAGGAGCAAAAGGGUGAUGUGAAAUUUAGCUGCCGAAGCUGCAGCAAGCACGUCUGCACCGGCGAGGACAUCCAGAUCAUCGAAAAUAUGCACAGAGUCAAUGUCACACCGGAGUUCUGUAAACUUUUCAUUAAGAGAGAGAACACUACACUUCAAGAGCGACUUCUCGAUUAUGAGACCAAUUUCUUCAUAGCAUGCAAAGAGUGCGGGCAGAGAUGGGGUUCCAUGAUGAUCUUCCGAGGGAUCGAUGUCCCCUGCCUCCACGUGAAAAACUUUGUGGUGACAUUCAACGAGAAGAAGAUCAGCAAAUGCACCAAGUGGAAUGAGCUCAACAUCAAGUUCCCCGCCUUCGACUACGCCGAACAUGCGAGACAGGUGGUCGACAACUCAGACGAAGAUGAUGAUUGAGUCACAACUACGCAGACUUGCUAAUACUCACAAAAACAUUGAUUGCUGUUGUAUUCUUAUCUUUGGCUUCCACAACAUGGUAAAAACUCUGCUUCCUUUGAGUGUUACAAUGCAAUGCCAACUAUAGUCCCUAGUGGUGGUGGAUUUAAAUACGUGGUGUGAACCAUGUACAAUAUUUUUAUCGUUCUUGUGGGGGAAAUGGCUUCUUUUAGAAAUGUAUAAGAUCGUCAACAUGAAUUUGCUUUGGGGUUAUAUGGUAUACUCAAUGAAUUUACUGCAGAAACUGUAACAAAAUGAACAAAAUGUAUGUACAUACUGUGUGCAUCACUGAUACAGAAUGAGGGAAAUGAUUUUCCUCUCAAACCCCUGUGGUCUCAUGAGAUUGAAGCCACUGAGCCUGUGAUAGCCCCUCAGAGCCCACCUGUCAAGACACGCAGACAAACAGGUGCUGGUGAUUUUCCAUGAAAUCCAACUGUUGAGCCAGUCAUACGGCUAUUUUUAGAACUACUUGUUAAGAGUUGUUUCCGCAUACAGAUAGACACCUGUGUGAUGUGAUUGUCUGGAGUGUGCACUAACUUUUAUGGAUCACUGAGCAGCCAAAUAAAAUAUUAAACUAUA